UCUCCCGCUCCAGCUCCCGUCGCAGCGCCCGCCAGCCCCUAGAGCGGCCGGAGUGGGGAUCGGUGCCGGGGCAGCCCCGGAGCCUGGGCUCGGCCCCCGCGGGGCGGAGGCAGGUGCGGGAGGCGGUGGCAGAGCGCGGCCGGGAGCUGCCCCCGCGGGGGCGCGGCACCGCCCCGCACCUGGGCCCGCCCCGCGGGGGAAGGGGUCCGCGGCAGCGCCUUGCGGUGCCCGUGCGGUGGCGGGAGCAUGCCCCGGGGCGGCGGGGGUCGGGCGCUCUAAGCAGCGCCAUGCGGGGCCGGCUGCUGGCGCGGCUGCGGCGGCGGCGCCGGGUGCUGCUGGCCCUGGCCGCGCUGGCUCUGGGGCUCUGGGCCGUUUACCUGGAGCUGGUGGCGGCGAGCGGCAGCGGCGGGGCUCUCCCGGACCGCAGAUACGAAAGCUGGAGGGAGCUGGCUAAGGCUCUGGCAGACACCAGUGUCCCAGGUGGAGACCCAAGUGCUCAGGUUUACUCUCCGCAGAAGCCAGGACAGCAGAAACUAGAGCUGCAAAGAGGUGGGAGGAAUAAAUCAAGUUAUGCAGGUGUGAACAACCCUGUCCUGUGGAUGCCAGAGUUCCAGGGCCAGGCUAAUCUGCAUGUGUUCGAGGACUGGUGCGGCAGCUCCACUGAGCAGCUCAGGAAGAACCUCCACUUCCCCCUAUUCCCCCAUACACGAACGAUACUGAAGAAGCUGGCUGUGUCCCCAAAAUGGACCAACUACGGUCUCCGGAUAUUUGGCUAUCUGCAUCCUUUCACCGAUGGGGAGUUUCAGUUUGCCAUUGCUGCGGAUGACAAUGCUGAGUUCUGGCUGAGUCCAGAUGAAAAGACCUCUGGUCUCCAGCUGCUGGCCAGUGUAGGCAAGACAGGGAAGGAGUGGACUGCACCAGGGGAGUUUGGGAAAUUUCAAAGCCAACAGUCAAAGAUGGUGAGGUUGUCAGCUGCAGGCAGGUACUAUUUUGAGGUGCUGCACAAGCAGGAUGACAGAGGAACAGACCAUGUGGAAGUAGCAUGGAGACUGAAUGACCCAGAAGCGAAGUUCAAAGUCAUUGACUCCAAAUAUCUCUCCCUUUUUUCUAACGAGACACUUUUAAAGAUGGAUGAGGUUGGACACAUCCCGCAGACAUUGGCCAGUCACACGAGGCGACCCGCUGACAGCACAGGCAGCAAGGCACACCCAGCUGACAUGUUGAAGCCUGACCCCCGGGACACUCUGUAUGAAGUGCCUCUGCUCAGCAAGUCUCGUGUGCGCCGAGCAUUGCCAGACUGCCCAUACAAGCCCAGCUACCUGGUGAAUGGAUUCCCUCUGCAGCGCUACCAGGGACUCCAGUUUGUUCAUUUAUCCUUUGUUUACCCAAAUGAUUAUAGCCGCCUGAGCCACAUGGAGAAAGAUAACAAAUGCUUCUAUCAGGAAAACCCGUAUUACUUGGAAAGAUUCGGAUUCUAUAAGUACAUGAAAAUGGAUCGGCCGGAGAAGAGCCUGGACUCUGGAGAAAAGACAGAGCAGCCAGGCUCCCAAGAGGAGAAUCUGGAUGAUGUGCAAUAUGCUGAGCAGGAUGUGGAGAGUACCAGUGCCCCCGACCUGCCUGGCACAGGGAAGGCAGAGCUGGCGCACAAUGCUGCCAGCAAUGUGGUGGGCAGUGAUAAUGUUCAUGAGGACUAUUCCCUUCGGGAGCACCGUCGGCUCCUCUCAGUAGUGGGUGGUGACACAGUGGGGGGGACACAAAGGACAAAGAGGUCUGCUGUCAAAUCAGCCACGGUGGCCUCUGCCAACCACAGCCUCAGCCAGGCUGGCUUAGAAGGGAACCCAGUAAUGAAGAGACCCCGUCUAAAAGCUGGCGUCAAAGACAACUCCAGGAGCCCUCCGCAGCACGCCAGGGCUGUCCAGGGGAGAGCAACUGUCAAAAAGGCAAACCCUCCUUCUAAGACUGUGUCUCAGCAGCCUCUCAGUGUCCCCAGGAACUCAGGGGUCAUGAGUCCCAAAGGACUGAGACCUCAAGGAGACCUUAGCACUACUAAGGAUGGGCUGCAGCCAGUAAGCACUGUGCCAGCCAGGAAGGGAACUCCAGUCUCUGGCAAGGCUGGCAGACGUGCUGUAAGCACUGCCAGCCCCAGCCACCAGCCUGGGCUGACACAGUGGCUGAAGCAAGUGGAGUCCUACAUUGCUGAGCAGAAGGUGGCCAAUGAUGGGGACAUGGCUAACGGAGAGGUGCAAGCGGCAUCUCCUGCAAAGGACAAGUCUGGGCCUGUGGCGGCAGAAGAGGAAGAGGAAGAGGUGGAUGGGGAGCCAGAGGAGGAAGAUGAAGAGGAUUUUGAUUACGUACCAGUGUUCGACCAGGCGGUGAACUGGGAGCAGACCUUCAGCACAAGCAAUCUGGACUUCCAUAUGCUGCGCACAGAUUGGAUUGACCUGAAAUGCAACACGUCAGGAAACUUGCUGCUAAAAGAAAGGGAGGCCCUGGAAGUCACACGUGUCUUCCUGAAGAAGCUCAACCAGAGGACUAAAGGGCGGUUCCAGCUGCAGCGUAUUGUGAACGUGGAGAAGCGCCAGGACCGCAUGCGGGGCAGCCGCUACCUGCUGGAGCUGGAGCUGCUGGAGCAGGGAGGGCGACUCGUCCGCUUCAGCGAGUACGUCUUUGCACGGGGCUGGCAGGGCAUUGGUGGCGAUGAGGAGGAGGAGAGGAAGAUGAGGAACCUGGCGUGGGGUCGCCGGCGGCACCUGAUGGCUGUGGCAGACGAGCCAGAGCUGUGCUGGCCACAGGGCUUUUCCUGGAACCACCGUGCUGUGGUUCACUUUGUGGUGCCAGUGAAAAACCAGGCACGUUGGGUGCUGCAGUUCAUCUCCGAUAUGGAGGAGCUGUUCCGAGUCACUAAGGAUCCGUACUUCAACAUCAUCAUCACAGACUACAGCAGUGAUGACAUGGAUGUAGAGAAGGCUCUGAAACGGUCUGCCUUGCACAGCUAUCGGUACUUGAAGCUCACAGGGAAUUUCGAGCGUUCUGCCGGGCUGCAGGCGGGGAUAGACCUUGUGACGGACCCACACAGCAUCAUUUUCCUGUGCGACCUCCACAUCCACUUCCCAGCUGGAGUCAUUGAUUCAAUCCGGAAGCACUGCGUGGAAGGCAAGAUGGCUUUCGCACCCAUGGUCAUGAGGCUGCACUGUGGCAUGUCCCCACAGUGGCCUGAUGGCUACUGGGAGGUGAAUGGGUUUGGUCUCCUGGGCAUAUACAAGUCUGACCUGGACAAGAUUGGAGGCAUGAACACAAAAGAGUUUCGGGACCGCUGGGGAGGAGAGGACUGGGAACUCCUGGACAGGAUCUUGCAGGCCGGCCUGGAAGUGGAGCGUCUCUCCCUGAGAAACUUCUUCCACUGGUUUCAUUCGAAGCGGGGCAUGUGGAACAGGCGCCAGCUGAAGACACUGUAGCCUUCAACCCCAAAGCUGCUCGGCAGCACCGUCCACCGUCUCGUCUCAAUGUGCACUUUAUCAAGGCGCAGAGCCGAGCACACAAACUCUUCCUCUGCCUUCAGAGCCCUCUAAUGGGCCAGCACAGCCGAGGAAGGAAUGGUCAGGCUAGGGGAGCAAGAGCUUCUCCUGUGAGCUGUUGUAUCCAAGACAUGGGGUCUGUGUCUUGCAGGGGGAAGUUGUGCAGGUGAGAUGUUGACAAGUGAAGGACUUGUAUUUCCUGCCGUGCGGUCUGGCGAAUGGUACAGUGGGAGAGGUGCCAUAUUUCCCAUUGAGUCUUGUGUAGCGCAAACCAAACAGACACAAAUCCCAGCUAAGCCCAGAAUGGUUUAUUUAGAGUAACACAGCUUAUCCUUCAAUACUUGAAUGGAAAAAAGAAAAAACAACAACCCUUCCAUUUCCCCUCCUUCCCCAUCUCUCCAGUAUCCGUGCUUUUGGACAGGGGACCAAAGGAAGUUCUCUGGACUGUACUGUGUCCACAUGCCCAUAUGCUGACCCAAGGAAAUCUUGGGAGGAGCUCUUAGGCACUUUAGGCUGCUGGUGCUUAGACGUUUCUCUGUGCUUUUCACUUUAUUCAUUAGGAACAACUGUGCUCAUAUUCAGCAAAUUAUGGGCCACGGGUGGAGAUGCAAGUACACUUCCCUUAUGAGAGCCAAGUUUGCCCGCAGCUGGGCAAAGUGGCAGGGAUUGAUGUUACAAGCCCACUUAAAUUAUUGAUCCACUGCCUGAGGAUAGUGGAGGGGUUAUACAGAGAAGCUAGGAGGGCAUCUCAGGAGGAACUUUGCAGCCUUAUCUGACAGACCUGUGUGUUUGUCCUAAUGAUAUCAGGGAAACUCUAGCAGGGAAGAAGUGGCAAUAUUUUAUUAGUUGAAAUAUUGUGGAUUUGUCAGAAAAAGAGGAGACAGAGUGUUCUGCUCUCCAAAUCCUGUACAUUUAUGCCACAUCUAAAGGUUAAUUUAAUAAGUUAUGGCCUCACAGUUAUGUCUUGUCAUAGUUUGACUUUUCUGUAAAAAGCAGGCUUCAUGGUUCAAGAACCAGCACAGCUGUUGGUGCUUCAUGGUUGAAGAACCAGCACAGUUGUUGGUGCUUCAUCGCUGGAACAGCCCUGGGAGCAUUGGCCUGGUAUAGAGGAGGUGGCCUCAGGUCUUAGCAUAUGCCCUGGGUGCAAAGAACAGCGAGGAGAGAAGAGGGUUGAGUGAGUAAAAGGAGGUGCAGACCUAUGCUGGCAUUUAUCCAAGGACUGUGAAAAGAGCCCUUGUCCACAGCUGACUUGAUGCUACAGGGAAUUCUCAUCCCCUGUAAUUCCUGUUAAUGCAAGGCAAGAUUUUUUACCUCUGUAACUAUUUUACAAGACUACAGAAACCCAGAAACCCCGGCACACUCAGUGCUCUACAUUAGAGCUUCAGUGUUCCCAUACCAUGCAGAAAAGGCUGCUACUGGUUGCAAGCUUCAGGGAAGAGCAUGACAUAGGUUCUCAUGGCACCCAUCUCUGCACAGAGUGAAAAGUGAAUAAUGAAGGAUGUAUACUGUGCUGACAAGGUACUAAAGUUGUUUGCUGAUGGAAUGAAUGCCAGUUCAGAAUAGGCAUUCAUUUAUUAUUUAUUCUGUGGUGCUUGACAAGUCCAUCAGGCUCCACUAUUGCAGUAGAAAACUGAACAUGCAAGUUCCGGCACAUGAGGUAGAGAUCUCAUCAAAUCAUCUGCUUGCCUCAGUCCAGGUUUUGUGACUGAUGGAGUCAGAAGAAGUCAAUCAGAUUUCAGCAAGAUUUACUGUGCAGUGUACAGCUAUGGUGAGAGCUGUGUCUCUGUGGAGCCUUUGCCAGAGUGCAGACACUCAGUAUCUCAGAAGAGGCAGCCUUAGCCUUCUGCCCAAGCCAGGACAGUCUCUUUAAUUGAGGGAAAGUACUUUACCCAUGCAGAGACCAGGAAAUGAAACACUGCAGUUGGGGUGAGAGGGAAGAGGCUGACAUGUCUUAUGGGAGUUUAGGAGGCCAAAGCCCUUUGAUGCAAUAAGCUCUGUGUCUGCCUGGAAUGUGCAGUGUCAGUCAUGCUCCUGGUGCAUGUCAGAGCCUGUGCUUCACUCAAAUGCAGGCACAACCCCACGAGUGUGCAGGUGAGCUGCUCUCCAGGCCCCAGGACUGUGCCUCCGCAGCCUGCCUGGGCUGGCUCUGUCACGCAAUCCCUGUGGAAUGGGGAGAGGCUGGCAGGGAAGGCAAGCUCUGGGAUGAGGUGAAGCACCAGCAGGACCCAGCUGUGUGACCCCAUCAAGCAGAGAACAGCAUGAUGCCCAUUUUGGAAAUGGAGACCCAAUGGAUUCAGUGGCAGCUCUUAUGUCAUGCAUAGAGUGUGCUUUCACAUCUGGCUUAGAUGUGGUCUGCAGCACCUGAAAUUAUCAGCUGGUGUUCAUCUGCAGACACUGGCAAGAAUUAGGUGCAUCCAGAAGGUAACUCACUUCGCUUAAAUUGUAUGAGUAACCCCUCUUUCUCACCAGAGAGGACAAUCAGGAAAGAGUGGACUGGAAAGUAGAGUGCAGCCCUCACCCCAGCACUGCCAGCAGAAUGUGAGGAUUUAACCCCCAUGCUUUAGCUGUGACUGUGCUCCUUUAGGAUCAUAGAAUCAUAGAAUGGUUUGGGUUGGAAAGGACCUUAAAAUAAUCCAGUUCCAACCCCCCUGCCAUGGCAGAGACGUCCUUCAUGCCUUGUAACCCAGGCCAGGGGCAAGUAGAACUGUUUACCUCAUGAGGACUCCUUGGUGGAGAUGUAGGGAGUUUCAGUCUGGUUUCAGUCCAGUUUUCUGAUGGCCAAUGUCAGCACUGUCAAAGUUGCCAUCACAAAAGUUCUUCCCUUUCAAGCGCAGUGGAGAUUCUUAGUUGGUGUUUAAGCAUUGCAGUAGUAGAUGUGAUCAAUGCUACUUGGCACUAGUUGGCAGCCUCCAUGGAGGAGCUUGGAGAGGACCCAUGAGGACAAAAGCUGUCUUCCAGCCAACAUGCUCACAAGACCACUGUAGGUUGCAGGGAGAGAAGGGGCUACACACUCCCCAGCUUGCUGGCCAGCAGCAAACCUUGCAGGAGCGGGUAGUCCCACAGCUGUGCACUGAAAGGAUGUGGCCAUGUGGCCCACCAUGGUCCCUGAUCAGAAGGCGGUUUGCCCUAUCACUAGUGUUGCAUGGCAUGCACUGCUGCUGUGAGGAGGGCUCAUUUCUGGGUCUGGCACAGCUCUCAGAGAGCAAGAGGGAACCUGGCUUCACCAUGGCUUGGAAGGUGACUCCCCCAACAGUGAUUUUGUUUCUGUCACCAGGAUCCUUUUAAGAUGAUGGGCUAUGCUGCAGCAGAGACUUUCCCUGGGGCAGGAUGUGGCCAGGCUGGGGACUCAGGUACAUCAAGUGGGAUCUGCUCACAAAUGCUGACUCUGUCUUCAGGACUAUGAAUUGUGGGGCUGAGGCUUGUUUUUCAGGUCAGCAAAGGGAAAUAAGAAGGGCUGGCUUUUAUUCUGAGAGAAAGGUAUUGUGUGAAAAUUACAAUGUGACUUUUUUUGUCAUUGUCUUUAACAUUUGCAUGGUAUGAACAUCUCGUCUCUUCUUAUUGCCUAAAAAUGUCUCAAGUUGAUUGUUUUUUAGAUACUGAUGCCUUGUGUCAAAACCUGAAUUGUACCUUUGAAUUAUCUGCCUUAAAGUGGCUCUGUGCCUUCAAGAUGACUCCUGGGCCAUCCCUCUGUAGAGCUGGGGGAUAUACUGGUUCUUCCUCAUGUUUCAUAAAUACAUUGUCUUCCUACAAGA